AUGCAUAAUUCAAUGAAUUUAAGACAAAUACUGACUCUGCCAGAGUUUUGGCAUAUAUUUCUGCCACCAUGGCAGUCCAAAUACAGAGGAGGUUACCCUAGUAGUACCAGUUAUGAAAAAGCAGUCCUUCCUUUAUGUUUUAUUUUUAUUGGGAGCAUGUCUAAAAAACGAAAUAGAAUAGACUUAUCCAAGCCUAAUAAUCUGAAAUUAAACGAUAUUUACAAACCUUGGUCGAAGCUUACUUUUAACUUUGACCAUCGAAACGAUGGACAAUUUCUGGUGGGCUAUCUAAUGGAAUUUGAGAAUUUAUCGUUAAAGCUGAAUAGAUCGUUGAAACAAAAAUGUAAGAAUUUGACAAAUAAACAACAUGAAAAAACUUCUCAAGAAUACAAAAAAUCUUCAAAAGGCCAGAAAUGCCCCCCAAAACUUAAUUCCAAGGCUUAUUCAAUAAAAACAACUUUUUGUUGCAAUGCAGCGAAAUCAAAAUUACAGAAUGAUGGUCGAACAGCUCAUGACUAUGAUGUCAACACUACAGUUGGCUUUCAUUCUAUCUUAACUAAAUAUGGGAGUUACUCUAUGUCAUUUGUUAAAAAAAAGAAAUUUUCAGGAACAUGUUCACUAUUGAAGCGGUGUAUUACAAUGCCGUUCGCAGUACUUCCUUGCAUGCCCGUUGGAAGUUUUAAACCAUCGAUGGCAGUACCGGAGAAACGAAAUUUUUGCAUAAAACUUAUGGAAAACCAUUUCAUCAAAGAUUCAAUUUCAAAUCGUUUGCCCGAGCCAUCAAAGUUAAUUGUAGAAAUGAACGUUUAUUUUCACUUGAAUUAUCGAAGCACAAAAAGAGGACUAUUAUACUUAGAAGCUUUAAAGCACAAAAAUUUUCUUUUGCAUUUGAAACCCGAGGAUGAGUACAAAACGAAGCUGGAAUAUCCUGGUACUAAACAUACUACGGAAACACCUACGCGCCGGAGAAAAAUCGUAAAUUCUCUUGGUCAAGUGAAAUGUCAAAUAAAAGUAGAAAUAAACACUCUGAGCAAUUGUCUAUUUCAGACACUAUCAAAGAAAGAAAUGAGGAGCCAAGUCACUAAUAAACCACCGUACAGUGUACACGUAAUAUUAUAG